AUGUGCUCUGUAUGUGAGGGUGUGUCCAAACUUCCAUCUUUCAAGAAACGCUUUUUGUUGCGAAGUGAAAGAAUUGGUUUUGAUGGUAAGAGAGACAACUCCACAAUUAGAAACGACUUCCUUUCCACAUUUGAGAUGCAACAGAAAUUAAAAGAACAGAAGGAAAAGCUGGACGAUAAAGAAUCUCAGUUCUUUUUUCUCAAGUCCAAGAACUUAAGGCUGAGAAUACGAAAGCGUUCUUUGGAUGAAAAAUUGGCCGAGUUCGCAAGACGUGGCUCGAUGAAAGCCAUUUGCCACAAUCUGGAUAAGGCAGCACAAAAUGGUUAUUUGAAGGAUAGAAACACCCUGGUCGGUGUGCUGCAAACUGUUGCAAAAAACUUUCAUGUUGAAAAGAACGGGCGCCAUUACCAGUCUUCUUUUAAGCUGUUUCUGGAGGUUCUGCUACUUUGGGGCGGGCCAAGAGUUGCAACAUUUGUAGCCAUCAACCUCUGUGGGCCAGAAAUUCAUUCCAUCUAUCGCUGGCGAAACCAACAUCUAGUACAUUUGGACGGUGGUUUUGAAGAGAAUAACUUAAAGGUCCUUGGCAAACUGUAUAAAGAAGCUAUGAGCAAUCUUGGCGUCAAACAUGUCCCUGACUUGGCAGCAGAAGAUGAUACCGCCAUUCUGGGACAAAUCAGUUACAGCGAGCGUACUGAUGAACUGCUGGGAUUCUGUGGAGUCACCGGAGCAGAUCAUAAAUGCCUUGACUAUUUCACUGUUGUUGUUGGGAAUGGCGAACAAGGGUACAACACAAUCGUCAAUGCAUUCAACGAGUACAAGAUUGGCCCAUUUGCUUGCGCAAUCAUCCUGAAUCCCCUGCACCCCAAACUUCCUCGAAUUCCUGUUCUCAUCAUGCCUACGUGUAAUAGGUUCGACCAUGAAUUUGUGUUCAGACAAUGGCAGACAGUUGAACGCCUUUACGAAAAGGAACUUCAAGACAUUGUCGGCCCCUUGAUUGGACACAGUUCAGAUGGUGACUCGAGACGCAGGAAGCUUAUGCUACAGCUUGGGACAAACAACGUUGGAAGCAGGUAUCAUGCCAUCCCUAUGGAACUUGGUUUUGUUCUUUCCUGCAGGAAGGUUGAGACAGAGAACGGGUAUAUCAUCAGAGAUGCAUGUGAUCAGGACUAUAUACAUAAUCACAAGAAGCUUCUUAAUCCACUUGACCAUGCUUCGCGUGUAUUGAUGUUGGGGGAUUACUUAGUCCACAUGAAUCAGUUGCAGUUGGUUUACGAAAUGUUCCCUAUUCCAGAUCAUGGUCUGGGACUGAACGACGUCCAGAGGAGUGACAGGCAGAACUGGCGAUCGGCUCAGAAACUUACCUUUCCACAGGUCCGCAACUGUCUGCAGAUGUUGAUGGAAGGCCUUGUCGAAGGCCACCCAAGAAACCCAUCUUGGUACUAAGAUCUACCUUCAUGUUGUAUGGUUGUAUGUGGAGAUUUUCUGCCGCAGUGUCGCCUCUUUAAGACGUCGCAUCACAUACGCUGCAAUUGUCACCCAUUUCCUGGCGAUAUGGCAUAACUACAUUCAUCGUAGUGAAGGGCUGUCACUAAAGCAAAACUUUAUCACAGGGAAACAUACCAGGACAUUGUGAUUUCAUGCCAGUUCGCUGUCAUCCUCAUCUGCUAUAUGAGAGACAACUUUCCGGAGCAAGAAUGUUGUCUUGAGCUGAGUGGUUCGGACGUUUUGGAGGAUUUUUGGAGCAAAAACGGGCAAUGGGUUGGAAACCACCACAACUAUUACUUUGGUGAUCUCCGCAGAAAUGUCUCUCACAUGAUUCGAUUAGAGGAAAUCAGAAUUAACCCUGAUGCUCCCGACUUUGCUAAGCCUCAUCCAAAGCAAGAAAGUAUCUGGCACCGACAGUAUGAAGACGGUUAUGAGAAGGCAAACUUGUAUGAUUAUCCUGUGGCGGGUUCUGAAGUGGAUGUGUGGAAGGAAGGAAUGUAUGAGGCGAGAAGAUUGGCAAGAUCAGUUAGAAUGGCUCCAGACAACGAUGCAGGUGGCUCCGAAGGAGACAGCAGUGAUGACGAUGAUGAUCACGAUAACGAUAGUGGUGUUGGAGAUAACAGUUGGUUUUAUCGCCCCUUUCAAUAUCCAGGGAAUAGGUUCGGUGAUCUG